AUGGCACCCAUCCGUCAGAAAAAGCAAUUUGUCAGCAAGAAGAGCAAGAAGAGCAAAAAGGCGCCUGUCUAGUCUUUCAGCCUGGACCUGACGCACCCUGUCGAGGAUGGGAUCAUGGACUCUGCCAAUUUUGAAGCCUUCCUGAAAGAGAAGAUCAAGGUCGAUGGCAAGACCGGCAAUCUCGGAACCAUCGUGUCGGUCGGCCGCAUGAAGAACAAAAUCAAUGUCAUGUCUGAGAAACAGUUCUCCAAAAGGUAUUUAAAGUACCUAACGAAGAAGUACCUGAAGAAGAACAACCUGCGUGAUUGGCUGAGAGUGGUGGCCUCCGACAAGGAAACAUAUGAGUUGCGCUACUUCCAGAUUAGCCAGGAUGACGACGAAUCUGAAGCAGAAGACUAGACUCUUCUUGUUACAUUUGUCCAUGACAAUAAAUUUGCUUUUUAAAAA